GGGGCGGUACCGAAGGGGUGAGACCAGACACAUGCAGCCACUCAUCAAAGGCUGGAGAUGGACGAGCAGGUCUGGCCAAGAGCAGAACGGGACUGAGGGCCUUCCAACAAACUCAGUGUGCAGCUGAACUGGAUUCCACAGCACCGGAAACGGCAACUCCCACUUGGGGCGCUGCGGACACACGAGUCGAGGCUGCCUUCCAGGAAGCCAAAAAAAAAAAAGAAAAAGGAAAAGAAAGAAAGAGAAAAAGGAGAGAUAGUGGAGAGCAGGGCUUCGGCCGCAGCCCACACGCCGCGCCCUCGCCUCUUCGCGGUCGCGGCCGCCGCCCUCUGCCCCCGGCCACUCCCGAGUGGCCCAGCCCUCCGACCCCGCGGCUGGCCGGGCGCUGCCCGCCGGCGGGGACCUCAGGGACCAUGGCCCAAGUAGCAGUGUCCACACUCCCCGUGGGAAAUGAGGAGUCCUCAGAGAGCAGAAUGGUGGUGACGUUCCUCGUGUCUGCUCUCGAGUCCAUGUGUAAAGAACUGGCCAAGUCCAAAGCGGAGGUGGCCUGCAUCGCAAUGUAUGAAGCGGAUGUGUUUGUCGUCGGCACUGAGAAAGGAAGGGCUUUUGUCAACACCAGGACAGAUUUGCAGAAGGAUUUUGCAAAAUACUGCACUGCCGAGGAGCUGCACCAGGUGAAACCCCCGCGCCCCGCCAACGGGACGCAGAUCGAUUCAGGGGAGACAGAAAUACUCAGAAAAGCAGUGGAGGACUAUUUCUGCUUUUGUUACGGUAAGGCCUUGGGGUCGACAGCAAUGGUGCCUGUUCCGUACGAGAAGAUGCUGAGCGACCAGGCGGCUGUGGGAGUUCAGGGACUCCCGGAAGGGGUCCCCUUUCAACACCCUGAGAACUAUGAUCUUGCAACCCUGAAGUGGAUUUUGGAGAACAAAGCGGGGAUUUCAUUCAUCAUCCACAGACCGUUCCUAGGUCCAGCAAGUCAGCUAGGUGGACCUGGGGUGGUAACCGAUGCUGAGAGAUCAGUGACAUCACCGAGUGAAAGUUCUGCCCCCGUCAGUGUGAAGACUGAACCCAUGGAAGACUCUGGCAUUUCACUGAAAGCACCAACUGUGUCGGUCAAGAAAGAAUCAGAAGAUCCUAAUUACUAUCAAUAUAAUAUGCAAGAGAGCCAUCAUUCUUCUGCAAGCAAUGAAGAAAUAGAGAUGGCGUUACCAAUGGAAGAUUCUGCUCAACUUGUCCCUUCAGAAACGAGUGAGGACCCUGAAGCCGAGGUGAAAAUUGAAGAGAAUCAGAGUAAGACCAUUUAUCCUGGAUUUUGUGGAUUUUCAGCCCUUGUAGUUAAAAGAAUGUGCCUGUUUUCUUUCCUUGUGAUCUUCUUAGACGUCUGCUAAAAAAUAUUUUUCUCUCUGCUGCUGGAGUAUGAGCUGAUUCCAGAGCAUCUUCCUAAUAUGAGAAGUUCUCUUAUUUUAUAUAUUUAAUAAUCUUAUGAGGUCACAGAUUUAAUGUCAUUAGGUAUAAAAUUCUACCUGAGCAUUUAAUCAAAUCUCACUCACCUGAACAGGUGUGAUUUAAUUAGUAAAAUCUGAAUUAGGAGACAGUAUCAGAUAAUUCCAAUUCUAUCAUUUUUCAAAACAUGAUUUUGAAAACAUUUUUCAAAACAUAAAUCAAAAACAUGAUUUAACAAGAAGACAGUAGUAUUUAGAUAAUCAUGUAUAAACUCUACAAAUUAUGCUUUUUAAAUAAACAUUUAUCCCCUUGAAGUUGUAUUUACUUUUUUUUCCCCUGGGUGAGUCCUUUUUAUUUAGAGAUAAUAUUACUUUGUUUGAAAUAUCACAGGGUCUGAAUUGGCUUUUCCACGACUGGGAGAAUUUUGAGAUGGAAUGAGUGUUCCAUUUCCUGAUUUGAUACUUCUGUUGUAUUUCACUUAUUUGAAUUCUAAAAGUGCUUUCAUCAAGUUGAUCGUUUUAGGUGGAGGAUAAACCUCUGUCAUUAUUUAUAACAGAGAAAAAGUGGGUGCAGCGGAAGUGCCCAGCAGUUAGACGAUGGGUCUUGAUGCUCCAACUGGAAAAAUGCGCAGAGUACGUUCAGUGAAAAACAAAACCAUCUGGCUCAAGGGGAGGACCAAAAGAAAUCGUAUUUUACAGUAGGGUCUCAAUUUUGUUUAGAAAAAUUAUUAUACAGAAAGGAGAAAACAUAGAAGAAAAUACGAAAGAAGAAACCCUACCAGCAGUACGGGAAUGAUGCAUGAGUGCACUUUUCCUCCUUUUCCCUUUCAUCCUCUCCCUCGUUCUCCACAACAAGCAUAUGCUACUUGUUAUUAGGGGAAAAACUGGGGUAUCGAUAAGGUCUGUGUGAACGGACAGGCUUUUCUGGAAAUUGUGUGCCGAUGCUGUCAGGCUUCAGCACAGAGGAGAUGCUUCCUGUCCAGGGAUGGUCAUCCUGACCCACAACCAGGAGGGCACGUAUCUUCAGAUGGAUUUUCCAUUAGUGAGGACGGAUUUGUGCUGAUUGCAUGUACCCGGUCAGUGGAGCCUGAGUAGAUUUGUGGAUAAAACGUGAUAUCUACCGGUUUCAAAGUACUAUAAGGCUUCAACGUGGCGUCAGGUACCACGAUUCUGAGCCAUACAGGAAGAUUUUUUUUUCCUUAAAAUUCCACAAAAGGAAGGGCGAAGGUAUAGCUCAGUGGUAGAGCAUUUGCUUAGCAUGCACAAGGUGUGGGUUUAAUCCCCAGUACCUCCAUUAAAAAAAAUUAACAGAUACACAUUACUAUAUGUAAAAUAGAUAAACAACAAGGACCUACUGUAUAUCACAGGGAACUAGAUUCAGGAUCUUGUAAUGAGCCAUCAUGGAAAAGAAACUGAAAAGAUAUAUAUGUAUGUAUGUGUAUGUAUAACUGAAAUCACUUUGCUGUACACCUGAAACCAGCAUUGUGAAUCAGUUACACUUCAGUACAAAAUAAGAAUUAAAAAGAGCUAAACAUAGAGUUGCCAUAUGACCCAGCAAUUCCACUCCUAGGUUUCUGUCCAAGAGAAAUGAAAACACACAAAAAAUGUGUGCACGUAAAAACUUGUAUAAUUGACCCUUGAACAACUGCUGGGGUUGAGGUGCGAAACCCACAAAUAGACAAUCCACAUGUAACGUUACAGUCUGCCCUCCAGACCUGAGGUUCCACUUCCAGGGAUUCCACCAACCAUAGAUCAGGUAGUAUAGUAUUUAUUGAAAAAAAUAAAUCCACAUGUGAGUGGACCUGAGGGCAGUUCAAACCUGUGUUGUUCAAGGGUCAACUGUACAAACAUUUAUAGCAGCUCUUUUCAUAAUAGCUGAAAGGUAGGAAAAACCAAAUGUUUAUCAGCUGAUGAAUGUAUAGACAAAACAUGGUAUAACCCUAUGGUGGGGUACUAUCCAGCCAUAAGAACACAGUGAAAUACUGAUACACACAGGGAUGAACCUUGAAGACAUCAUGCUAAGUGAAAAAGGAUCACAUGUUGUACGAUUCCAUUUAAAUGAAAUGUCCAGGUAGGCAAAGCUAUAGAGUCAGAAAGCAGGUCCGUGGUUGCCCAGAGCUGGGGAGGCUUCGGUGGGAGGUUUAGGAAGUCACAGCCAGGGGGUAUGGGAUUUCUUUUGGGGAUAAUGAAACUGUUCCAAAUCUGAUUUUGGUGAUGGAUGCAGAACUCUGUAAAUAUUCUAAAAGUCAUUAAAUUGUACACUUGAAAUGUGUGCACUGUAUGGCAUGUGGAUCAUAUCUUAACAAUACUUUUUAAAAAGUAAAAAAAAAUUAAAUAAACCUAAUUAAACCCCUUCCCCCCACCCAAAAAAAAUUCCACACACACACACAAAUCCUUUAAGUACUUAAAAAAAAUUUUGGGGUGGGUGAAACUCAUAUUGCAGAAAAUUAACCAUUUUAGAGUGAACAAUUCAAUGGCAUUUAGUACAUUCACAGUGAGGUACAACCACCACCUCUACCUAAUUCCAAAACAUGUUCAUUUCCCCCAGAAGAAAACCCCAUGCCCACUAAGCUCUCACUCCUGGUCCCCCCUCCCACUCGGUCCUGGCAACCACCAAUCCAGUCUGUCUCCACGGAGUCACCUAGUCUACAUUUUUCUUAAAGAUGGCAUUAUACAUCAUGUGAGCUUUUGUGUCUGGCUUCUUUCACUUAAAACGUUCAAGAUUCAUCCAUGUUGGCACAGGAUGUCAAAACUUCUUUUUUGAGGCUGAAUAAUAUUCCAGUGUGUGUAUAAAUCACAGUUUAUUCAUUCUUCCAUUGAUGGCUUGUUGCCGUAACAUAUUUUUAAGAAAAUAAAGAAUAUAAACUACUAUACAUAAAAUAGAUAAGCAACCAGGGCUUCCUGUAUAGCACAGGGAACUAUAUUCAAUUUCUUGAGUAAUAACCUAUAAUGGGAAAUAAUCUGAAAAAAAAUUUAUAUAACUGAAUCAUUUUGCUGUACACCUGAAACUGAUACAACAUUGUAAAUCAACUGUACCUCAAUUAAAAAAAAAGAAUAUUAAGAGAAAAGCCCCACGUUAGAAUCAAAGGGCAGUGCUGAUUCGAAUGCUGGUUGACAGAAAACGUCCUCCAAAGUGGCCCCCACACCGCGCUGUUGUCUGUGGGGCAACACGACUGUGCAGGGAGUACAGGCCUAACCACUCUUCUCUUCUGGAUAGCAGCUUUCCAAAAAGUUAUUUGGUAAAUGAUUUUGCCACCCGCAAGUGAACAAAGGACUGAAGCAUUUGGAAGUCCAUCUGUGGGUGUGUGCUUGUCCUUCCCCUAGUGAGGAUUAUUGUGAUGACACAGCCUGGGGAGCCAGAAGAGCAGUUUUAAGCUAACCGAGAAGGUAACUCAUCAGACAGCUGGAAAACAAUGAUCGUUCAUAUAAGGUGAGAGUUUUAGAGAAGUUAAGACUUAGACCCAUUUGUGAAAAUGUCGUCCAUUUAUUUGAAAUGUGCAGGGUCAUUAGAAUGGAUCAACUGCCAAUUUAUGUAUUAAUUAUAGUUGGAUUUUGAUCAAUUUUUAAAUCAUGCUUGGUGUGUUUUGUGGCUAGAUUUUUAUAUUUCGAGAAGUCAGCUUUAGGGAGAAAACAUUAACCCUUUAUCAGAACAUAACCCCUCAUCUUCUGACACUAGCUUUUAAUUGAUUCUAAUGCCCUGAACUUGGUUCUGGAUUUUUUGGAGGCUCAGCAGUGUUAAGUACCCGUGAAAGGGUUUUGGUUUUUUUGCUUUUUUUUUUUAUUAAGGUGAUGAUGGAAGCUCAUGGCAGUUUCAGUAAUCUCUCAAUAUGGAACCUGAUUUUUAAGAAUCAGACUUACCAUGAUUUAUCAGAAAAAAAUGAAUAACUUUGAGGUCAAGAACAACCAAUUUUCUCACAUUUCCUCCAAAAAUUCUGUGUUUGGAGCAGCACAGGACACUGCAGGAAGACCUGGGGGCUUUUGCUGAUCGUGGGGCUCCUCAUGUCCCUUUGAGGGCUUGCUCUUCAGAUGCAGAAUCUCAAAUACCCAAGUGGUUGAUCAUUCACAGGACACAGGGACUGAACUUUGAGUCCCUCAGAAAGGACUAGACAGGCUCAUUUACAUUUCUCACCCAGAAUGUAGGUGAGUGUUGCAUUGUGUUUAUCAUCUGACCAGAGAUCAUGAUAACAUCAACUGUGCUUUUAAGGGCUCUGUCUGAGCCCUUCCUUGACUGUCAAAUCAUUUUUCAUAGGAAGUCUGCUUCUUAAGUGUCCUCUUGGACACAUUUGUAUGUCUUAUUUCCUUCCUCCCUCCCUUUACACGGAGAAUAACAAAGGAAGUAUAUUUUUAAACACCCUUCUCUUUAAAUCAAAUAAGACUGACAAGUAUCAGGGGCUGCGAACUGAAUAAAAGCCAUGGUGCCCUUUCCCCUUUGACAUCAGUGUUACACUGCAGAGGCUCAAAUAUCUGUCAAUGUCAAGCCAGCUUGUUGUUCUACAGCUGUGUGUUCUCUGAAGGUUUAAAAAUUCAGCCUGGACUUCUGAUCAGAGUGGCACUUUGGUAUUUUUAGAGGAGAAUUGGCCUGAUAUUCUGUAAGUUCUGAAUUUCAAUUUCUGU